AUGACGAGGAGGUUUCCUCUUGUUGAGCAUAAUACAGCGCGAGAACCUGAAAGCAAUGACACCGCUGAAAUGAAGGAUGAUGAAGAUGAAGGCGCCGGCGAUUCUGAAGAAAGUAGCGAUGAUAGUGGAGAAUGGAAUGGAAAGAUAUAUGGCGAAAUGACAUCUAGUGAUGAUGAAGAAGAGACUUCUAAUAACGGACGUGGAGAUGAUGAUGAUGAUAAUGAUAAAAAAGACGAUAAUAAUGAGAAAGAUAAUGGUGAAGAUGAAGACGAUGAAGAAGAAGAUGAAGAUGAUGAUGAUGAUGAUGAUAGCGACGACGAUUGUAAGAUUUAUGGAGAGCAAAGUAGCAGUGAUGACGAAGAAGCUUUUAUUAAUGGCGAUGCUAAGGAAAAUGGUGACAAUGGAAAUGGGAAGAAUGAAGAAUCUGGCUAG